AUGCCACGCAUUUGGGAGAUGUAUCUCACCUUUUUACUUGAGCAACCACUAAUAACUCAGACCCGGCGGACGUUUGAUCGUGCUCUUCGUGCACUUCCUAUCACGCAACACAAUCGUUUAUGGAAAAUUUACAAGUCCUUUGCUAUCUCGGCAUCCGGUGAUACAGCAGUCAAGGUUUGGAAUCGAUACAUGCAAAUCCAUCCUGAAGAUGCCGAGGAUUACAUCUCGAUUUUGGUUCAAAUGAACCAAUACAAUGAGGCUAUAAAAUGGUACAUCCGGAUUCUAGAUGAUCCUCGGUUUCAAUCAAAGAAAGGGCUAAGUAACUUUCAGCUCUGGACUGAAAUGGUUGAGUUGCUUGUCAACAAAGCAAAAGAAAUUAAAACUGGGCCUCAUGUAGGCAUCAAUGUUGACCUGAUAAUUCGAAGCGGUGUUGAGAAAUUCCCAGACCAGCGGGGUAGGUUAUGGGCCGGUUUGGCUACAUACUGGAUAACGAAAGGAAAUUUCGAAAAGGCCCGUGAUGUCUUUGAAGAAGGAAUAACCACGGUCAUGACCAUCAGAGAUUUUACUAUGAUAUUCGAUUCUUAUGUCGAAUUUGAAGAGUCAAUCAUUGGUGCCCUCAUGGAGAAAGCCGCUGCUCGAUCGGGGAACGGCAAGGUAGAUGAGGCCGCUGAUUUCGACCUGGAUCUACGCAUGAUGAGAUUCGAACAGCUCAUGGAUCGUCGACCCUUUCUUGUUAAUGAUGUGCUUCUAAGACAGAAUCCCAACAAUGUGAUUGAAUGGGAAAAGCGAGUGGUGCUAUGGGGUGACAACAAAACAGAGGUUGUGCGUACCUAUACUGAUGCCAUCGCUACUAUCAACCCUAAGAAGGCACAUGGCAAAUUUUAUGAGCUCUGGGUCAACUAUGCUAAAUUUUACGAGCAAGGCGGGGAUCUUGACACAGCCAGAGUAAUCAUGGAUAAGGCUGUCAAGGUGCCAUUCAAAACUGUCUCAGAGCUUGCUGAGGUUUGGUGUGAAUGGGCCGAAAUGGAGCUACGAAAUGAGAACUUUGACCGCGCUGUUGACAUCAUGGCAAAGGCAACCCAGGCACCAAAGCGAUCUACCGUUGACUACUUUGACGAAACUCUCUCUCCACAACAGCGCAUUCACAAAAGCUGGAAGUUAUGGAGUUUCUAUGUUGACCUAGUUGAAAGUGUACGGAGUCUCGAAGAAACUACACAAGUAUACGAACGAAUUUUUGAGUUACGUAUCGCUACUCCCCAAACAGUUGUUAACUAUGCCAACCUUCUGGAGGAGCACAAAUAUUUUGAAGAUUCCUUCAAGAUAUACGAACGGGGCCUUGACCUUUUCAAUUAUCCAGUUGCAUUCGAACUUUGGAACUUGUAUCUGACGAAAGCUGUGGACCGCAAAAUCGGCAUUGAGCGAUUGCGAGACUUGUUUGAGCAAGCUGUGGAUGGAUGCCCGCCUAAAUUUGCGAAAGUUCUGUACCUCAUGUAUGGGAACCUUGAGGAGGAACGAGGAUUGGCACGCCAUGCAAUGAGAAUAUACGAGCGUGCUACUCGCGCUGUCUCUGAUGAGGAUCGAUCUGAGAUGUUCAACUUCUACAUCACCAAAUCUGCUUCAAACUUUGGACUUACGUCUACUCGGCCCAUCUAUGAGAGAGCCAUUGCGGCCUUGCCUGACAAGGAAGCCAAGGAUAUGUGCCUUAAAUUUGCUGAGAUGGAGCGCAGGCUGGGCGAGAUUGAUCGCGCAAGAGCCAUCUAUGGACAUGCUUCUCAAUUCUGCGAUCCUUGGACUAAUGCUGAGUUCUGGCAAAAAUGGGAAGCGUUUGAGGUUCAACAUGGUAACGAGGAUACUUUUAAGGAGAUGCUUCGUAUUAAACGAAGUGUACAGGCACAGUACAAGUAA